UCUCUCUCUUAUUCGCUUGCUUUCUUCGAAUUUUUUAGAGUGCAAACAUGUACAUGCAUAUUCCCUUGUUAAAAAGGAAAAGAAAGAAGAAGCAUCCACGCUUCUUCUUCCUCUUGUCUUCAUUUUCAGGUUUCAUGGCUUCUUCACUUGCACGAGCUUCUUACCUGGAGAUCCCAACUGGAAGUUACUUCUCUCUUUCUUCUUCUCCCUCUUUAUAAACCCUUGCUCCUCACUGUCCACUUCACUCUCUCUCCCUCGCCACCUUCAUUUCUCCCUCUCUAAUUUCUCUAACCCAUUUGCUAAUGGCUUCUUCAGAUUCUAACUUCAAACACCUGACUAAGCAUUUUCCUUUGGAUCACAGACCUCGAAUGCUCAAAGAUUUUCUCACUGAUGAUUCCAAUUCAUCAUGUGCUUCUACGGGCUUCAAGUCAUUUCCCAGAAAGCCAAUCCUCCUCCAAACUGAUCUCAAUGAUUCUGAGCUGCUAACAUGUCGAUCAAGAGCAGCCUCAACUACAAUCUCCGCAUUUCAGGCAAUGAUUAAUGCCGUCAAGAACAUUCAUUUAACUGCCAUUAAGUCUCCUUCAAUUUUACCUAAAAGCCUUUCUCGGAGGCUGUCAUCUAGUGAGAGGAAUUCAUGCAGAUGCAGGAAGACUGAAACUGAAAACGAAAAGGAAAACGAAAAUAAAGAAACUCAAACAAAAAUUCCAGUCACAAUUAAAGACAUCAUACGGUGGAAAUCAUUUCGAGACAUUAACGAAGAGAAAUCACAGCCGUUGGAUUUGGCAUCUUCCCCACAUCACUGCACAACGACCACCACUGCCACCACCGCCACUACACCCCGUUGCAGUUACAGCAGCAAUGGAUCAAGCUGGUGUGACAGUGAUUUCACAUCAGAGUACGGUAAUUUUGAGGAGUGCGUUGACGACGGUGCUGAAGGAGUUGGUAAACAGUAUUUACUGCGUGUCGGCGAGGAAAAGGAUUCAGUGGAGCCGGCAGCUGUGGGGCCCAAGGCAGAGAAGCAUCAGAACGGCCCCGUUUCAGUGAUUGACAUCGAAGUUGAAGAAGAUGAAGAGUCAAGUUCAUUCUUGGAUCAAAGCCUUGACACUGUCAACCUAGAAAAAUGGUUUAUGUCAAUGGAAGAAAACUCCAGCUCCGGGGAAGAGGACGACGAUGAAGAAGCAACAGAGACGAACACCAUCUAUGAAGAAGAAGAAGAAGAGGCGUGGCAAUUACUGAAACAAGUUAGGGAGAUCAUUUCAGUUGGGGAAUUAUACAGACACAAUGUGGAUCGAAUGCUGCUGGAUAUUUUUCGAGAUGAAUUGAGUAGAAAUGGAAACCAAAGUAGGAACGUUGGGUUUGGUUGUGAGAUGGUAAGCAGAGUAAAAGCAUGGGUAGAUGGAGAACAAAGCUUAUUGAUUGGAUGGGAUAAGAAGGAAGCAUAUGUUAUAGAAAUGGAGAGAGAAGGAAAGUGGAGGGAGUUUGAGGAGGAGCAAGAAGAGAUUGCUUUGGCAAUUGAGAAUUGUAUACUCGACGAGCUGCUGGUUGAUCUCUUCUCUUGAACAUUGAUGGACUUGGGCAAUCUGCAAAACCCACUAAUGUCUGGCCACAAUGUAAUAAGAACAAAUGGAAUGUGCAAGACGAGAACACGUGUUAACUUUACAAAGACAUAACUCAUGUCUCCUGCCCUGCCCAUUUGUAGGCAGCCUUGGCAUGUGCUGAAAUUUUGUAGAUUUGAGUAUAUAAAUAAAACAAGAAAGCUUAUCGGAGGGGCUUGCUGAAUUUUCUUAGGCUUGUUUGGCAAUAGAUAUUGAAAAACUAUUUAUUUUAUAUUAAAU